CAUCCAGGCUUUGAAGUUGGCAUGAAUGGAUUGCUGCGAGAUCGCCAGUUCUGCUGGUGGACUGCUACUACUGAAGGCUGCAGCGAGAUGAGUUCAGUUCAGUGCCUUCUUCCCGUUCGUGUUUUCGGUUCAGAAACUCCCCACACCCCCCCACACCCACCCAACCCUGAAGCGAGCGCGCAGCGCAGCAAUGGCCUCCAGGACGCUAUCCUUCUACUCGCUCGCCUCCGCCUUCGCCCCCUAUGCCCCGCGCUCCAGACUCCCGCAUCCUCCUCUCCGCCUCCUCGGCCUCCACCUCAACUCCGGGCAUAUCCUCCGCGCCUCCACCCUCUCCACCGCCGCCGCCACUGACGCGGACGCCGACCCCUACGAGGGCGUCGACACCGUCGAGCAGCUCCUCGCCCCGAAGCCCGCCUCCCCGGGGCCCUCCCGGAUGGGCCGCCUCAUGAAGAUGCAGCGCCGCGCCGACGGCGAAGGCCUGGCGGCGGGGCGGGGCCGGUGGUUUCCUUACCUGGACGCGUUCCGCGGGGCGGGCGGGGUGGACGUGACGAGCCAGGAGAUCGUGGACGUGCUGGAGCCGUACAUCCUCGAGCCGCGCCGGGACCGGAUCCGCCGCGCCGCCGAGAGCAGGAGCUACUCCGUGUGCCUCGUCGUGGAGGGCCUCUCCGACUUCGGCAACGUCUCGGCGGCGUUCCGGUCUGCUGACGCCCUCGGCGUGCAGUCCGUCCACGUCAUCUCCUGCGAGAACAACAAAAGGUAUAGAGACAACAGGCAUGUGAGCAUGGGUGCUGAGAAAUGGUUGGAUAUUGAGCUAUGGAACUCACCUGCAGAAUGUUUUGAUGCUUUGAAGAAGCGUGGCUAUCGCAUUGCAACAACUUGUUUGGGAACUGAUUCGGUUUCUGUGUAUGACAUGGAUUGGUCUCAUCCAACGGCUAUUGUUGUGGGAAAUGAGACUAUGGGUAUUAGUGAUGCCGCUCUGAAUUUGUCAGACUUGCACUGUUGUGUUCCAAUGAAAGGCAUGGUGGAUUCUUUUAAUGUUUCUGUUGCAGCUGGAAUCCUUAUGCACCAUGCUGUCUGCGAUAGAGUUUCCCGCCUUGGUCAGCAUGGUGAUCUGUUACCUGAAGAAAGUAGAAUAUUGCUUGCAGAGUUUUAUUUGCGUCAUAGGGAAAGCACGGCUACCGUAAUUCAUGAAUAUGCCAAAAGGAAGGCAGAUAAUUUCGUGGCCAAACUUUGAGAUCUUCGUAAUGACUACUGAAGAAGAAUUAUGUACAAGCUAGGGUAUUAAGCAGAUCGAUUUGUUUUGUCUGUUGGCUAAUUCAGUAUAACAUCAACAGUGGACCAGCUGGUUAUUUCUGGAGCAGAACAAUUGUACUGUUCGGCAGCCCGGGCCUUGCAAGAUGAUGACUCCAAACAGAACCGUGGACACAACUAGAUGAUCCAAUCUGUUGUGGAAACUUAAAACAUUACGAUGCACUGAUUUGGCUUGCCACUCCAAAAUGGAAUUUCUGUUGAUGAGCCAUACUUAGUUGUUGCCCUGAGACUGAGAUUCUUGAUAAGCCAUAUUUUUUUGGGUAGGUUUUCACAAAACUACACUUUUGUCUUCAGAUGCCGUGAUUCGGUCGGUCUCGGCAUGUAGUUUUGUGGAAGUAUCACCUACUACAAAGGGCAGUUUUGCGGCAUAUGAUACAUGUUAAAGAGUGGUUACGUGACAAUUUUGGGUAAAGAGUGUAUUUUUUGGGAUAUUUACUCUUUACUUAAUAAUAGAUCCGAGUACACGUGAAUUCCAGGUUCAUGCUCUUGGAUCAGAUUCAUUCGUCCCUUGAGGAUCAAAUCUGUUCCCGUGGCAGAUUCUGGGGCGUGUUGGUAGGGAAAGCAGUGACAAUUUCAAAUUUUGGAAUUCAAUUUAGACCGGCAGCAGACAGUUUCAAA